AUGAUUAAGUCUGCUUUCUCAAAACAAACACUUCGGAUGGUGUCUACAACCCAUUUCGGGUCAAAAACUGUUCCUGUGGACCAAAAGGCAAAAUUAGUGGGUCACGUAUUCUCCUCGGUAGCUUCUAAAUACGAUUUAAUGAAUGACAUUAUGUCCCUAGGAAUUCAUAGACUAUGGAAGGACCAUUUUAUUAAUAAAUUGGAUCCAGGGAUGAGACCCGGUGCGAAUGAACCAUUGAAUUUCUUGGAUGUUGCUGGGGGUUCUGGUGAUAUUGCAUUUGGGAUAUUGGAUUAUGCAAAGACAAAAUUUGGAGACACUCAAUCCACUAUGGACGUCGUGGAUAUCAAUCCAGACAUGUUGAAAGAAGGUGAAAGACGUGCUUUGGAUCAAGGUCGUUAUUUCGAAGAUCCAAGGGUUAGAUUUAUGGUUCAAGAUGGGGAACAGUUAGAAGCAAUUGAAUCGAACUCAAAGGAUGUUUAUACCGUUAGUUUUGGGAUCAGAAACUUCACUAAUAUUCAACGUGGGUUAGAGACUGCACAUAGAGUAUUGAAACCUGGCGGGAUUUUCUAUUGCUUAGAGUUUUCAAAGAUUGAAAACCCUUUGAUGGAUAUGGCUUAUCAACAAUGGGCAAAGGCUUUGCCUGUAUUUGGUUCAAUCAUUGCCAAUGACUACGAUUCUUAUCAAUAUCUGGUCGAAUCCAUUGAAAGGUUCCCUGAUCAAGAAACUUUUAAAUCAAUGAUACAAGACGCUGGAUUCCAAGCUGCUGGUUAUGAAAGUUUAUCCUCUGGGAUUUGCGCUAUCCAUUGGGGUAUCAAAGCUUGA